AUGGGAAGCGGGCGCGCGACGCCGGCUCACGGACUCGGGGCAGAACUCGCGCUAGCCGCUGUGGGGAAGGAUUCUGGCGGCUGUAAGAUGGCGACCGGAACGAAACGUAAAUCAGGAGCCGCUGAGGCUGGAGACGGUGGAGGCGCGAGCAACGCCAGCCGCGACAACCGCCGCAGUAAACGAUCUGUGGGGACGGCCAGACCGGAAGUGGGCUGUGGAGGGGACGCAGACUCGCCGUUCGUGGAAGGUUCCAUCGUCAGGAUCGCCAUGGAGAACUUCCUAACUUACGAUAAUUGUGAGGUGUUUCCAGGACCCCAUUUAAACAUGAUAGUAGGCGCUAAUGGAACUGGUAAAUCUAGUAUUGUUUGCGCCAUAUGCCUAGGAUUGGCAGGAAAACCUUCCUUCAUUGGACGAGCAGAUAAGGUUGGUCUCUAUGUGAAGCGAGGCUGCAACAAAGGAAUAGUUGAAAUUGAGCUGUUUAAGAUUCCAUCCCACCUCAUUAUCACACGAGAAAUAUAUGUGGCGAACAACCAGUCAACAUGGUUUGUUAAUGGAAAACCUUCCACCCUCAAAACAGUAGAAGACCAAAUUGCAGCCUUAAACAUCCAAGUAGGCAAUCUGUGCCAGUUUCUUCCACAGGACAAAGUUGGGGAAUUUGCAAAAUUAUCCAAGAUUGAGCUACUUGAAGCCACAGAAAAAUCAGUGGGCCCUCCAGAAAUGUACAAAUUUCACUGUGAUCUAAAGAACUUCAGGCACCGAGAGCGAGAACUUGAAAAUUCAUGCAAGGAGAGAAAUAUUAACCUAGAAAAAAUGAAGCAAAAGAAUGAAAGGUGUAAGCAAGAUGUGGAGCGAUAUCAUGAACAUAAGCGGCAUCUAGAUUUAAUUGCAAUGCUUGAAAGAAAAAGACCUUGGCUGGUAUAUGAUAAUGCUCGUCAGCAGUAUGAAGAGGUGAAACAAAGCCGAGAUAGGCAGAUGGAAGAAUUAAGAGCACUAAAAGAAGCACAGUCUCCAGUAGUACGUCAGAUCCAAGAAGCUGAGGAGCGGUGUGCAAGACUGGAUGCUGUAAUAAAAGAAAAGAUUGCAGCUAUCCAAGAAACGUCCCGAAAAUGCAAACAGCAACAAGAUGCUUUGGAGAAAAAUGACAAAGAAAUUGAGAAGAUUAAGCUAGCUUUGAGGAUGAAGAGAGAAAAGGAGAUAGAUCGACAGAAGAUGAUUGACAACAUUCGUAAGAUGAUAGAAGAUUUGAAAGCUGAGCUAAGAAACACAGAAAACUCUGAUAAUAUUCAGCCCCAAAUGGAUUCUGUUAAUGCAGAACUGGGACACUUGAUGGAAGAGAAGGCACAUAUUGAUGGUGAAGUAGCGGGUGUGCUCAGUGAAAAGGAGAUUGUAUUAAUGGAGCAAAAAGGGAAAACUGAUCGCAUUGUACAGUUUGACAAUAUGAUGAAUAUGAAGGAAGAGAAGCUCAGACGAAGAUACGAAGAUACACACGUUGCUCUUCUGUGGCUAAGAAAGAACAGAGACCGGUUUAAAAAAGAUGUCUGUGACCCCAUGAUGCUUUCAAUCAAUAUGAAAGACCAGAAGCAUGCUAAAUAUGUAGAAAAUCACAUUUCAUCCAAUGAUAUGAGGGCCUUUGUCUUUGAAAGUAAAGAAGAUAUGGAAAUAUUUCUGAGAGAGGUACGUGAUAAGCUGAGACUAAAAGUGAAUGCUGUGAUUGCUCCUAGUGAUUCGUGUGCUGAAAACAGACCUUUCAAACCAAUUGAAGAACUCAAACGCUAUGGGUUUUUCUCCUACUUGCGAGAGUUAUUUGAUGCGCCCCAGCCUGUGAUGAGUUACUUAUGCCACCAGUAUCACGUACAUGAGGUCCCUGUGGGAACAGAGAAGACUAGAAAUAUGAUUGAAAGGGUCAUAAACGAGACCAAGCUGAGGCAACUCUACACCGCAGAAGAAAGAUAUGUGGUAAAAAAGUCUUCUUACACAAAUCAAACUGUUUCUAGUAACACAUCAUUAAGGCCAGCCCAGUUUCUGAAUGUUGCAUUGGACACAGACGAAAGAAGGCAGUUGGAAAUUCAACUCCAGCAAAUUAAUAGGAAGUUGGAAUGUCUGAAUUCUCAAAUGACUACACUAUCGGAGAGACUGAAAUCUCUGGAACGCAGAGACAAUGAACUUAGACAACAGAAGAAGGAGCUUUUGGGACAAAGAAACAAAAGGAAACAGCUGGAAUCAAAAAUUAGUAUGAAAUAUGAGAGUUUAAGACAACUGGAACAAGAUGCCAUCAACCUGGAAGAAGAAUCUGAACAAGCAAAUGUUAAAAUAAAAAGAAUUAAUACCCAGAAAGUAAAACUUGUAUCAGAAUUUAUGCAGCUCAUAAAGAAUUGUAUGACCCUGAACAAACACAGAACAGAUUUAGUUCUACAAAGUACUACAGCUGCUUUCCACAAGAACAGACUCCAGGCUCAAUAUAAAGCUGCAUCAGUACAGCUGAAAGCUGUUGAGCAACAGUUUAAGGAGCUGGAAGAAAGGAAACUCAGUCUCCGUGAAAACUGUAAGGGUUUAAUGCGUAAAGCUAGGCAGGCUUGUAACCUUGGCCCAGAUCAAAAGUUCCCUGAGGACUAUUACUAUGCAUUCCAGGCUCUUCCGAAAACUCUGGAUGAAAUUGACGCUUCACUGAAUGAAGAGAAGUCAAGAGCUUCCUGCUUCACAGGCCUCAGUGCUUCAGUUGUUGAAGAGUGUAAUAAAAGAACUGAAGAAAUAGAGCAGAUGACACUUGAACUACAGGAAAAGAAGAAAGAGUUGGAAGACUUUAGGCAAAACAUUUCACAGGUUAAGGAAAAGUGGCUAAACCCUCUAAAACAGCUGGUUGACCGAAUCAAUGACAAGUUCAGUAGUUUUUUUAGUUCCAUGCAUUGUGCAGGAGAAGUGGAUCUUCACACAGAAAAUGAGGAAGAAUAUGAUAAAUAUGGGAUUCGGAUUAGAGUCAAGUUCCGCAGUAGCACUCAGCUUCAUGAACUAACUCCACACCACCAGAGUGGAGGGGAGAGAAGUGUUUCAACUAUGUUGUAUUUGAUGGCAUUGCAGGAACUCAAUAGAUGCCCAUUCAGAGUAGUAGAUGAAAUAAAUCAGGGAAUGGACCCAGUUAAUGAAAGGAGAGUCUUUGAUGUGGUGGUAGAAACUGCCUGCAAAGAGAGUACUUCUCAGUACUUCUUUAUUACACCAAAGCUCUUACAGAACCUCAGUUAUGCAAAGAAAAUGACUGUGUUGUUGGUGUACAAUGGAUCUUCUAUGAUAGAAUCAAAUAAAUGGAACAUAAAGGCUUUCCAUAGGAGACGACGGCGAUUUCAGCCAUGACUAUUCAACGAAGAUCUUCAUAAUGCUUUUUGGAACCCAGAACAAAAAUUAGUUGAAGUCUGGAGAACUCAGGAAGUUUGUUUUCUUAGAAGAACUGGAAGAAGAAUCAGUAGAUCUAAUAACUUCCUCAGAUACAAGGUUCUUAUGGAAAAGAAGGAACCUUGAAUU